AUGGCAUGGUCAAUCGAGCUAUCCGAGUUUGACAUCCGUUUUGAACCUCGGGGGGCCAUCAAAGCACAAAGCCUAGCCGGCUUCAUCAACGAAUUAUCACCACUCAUCCACUUUGAAGACAACACUUGGACAAUGCGGGUAGAUGGCUCCUCCAAUGGCCAGGGUAGCGGUGCCAACAUCAUCUUGGAAAGCCCGUCUGGCAUCACCUUGGAACAAUCACUGCGUUUCGGCUUCCGAGCAUUGAAUAACCAAGCCGAGUACGAAGCUUUAUUGGCCGGAAUGCGCUUGGCAGCCGAAAUGGGGGCUAGAAAAGUCACAUGUUGGACCGAGUCGAAGGUUGUCACCGAGCAAGUAAAUGACAACUUUCAAGUGAAAGAUCCUAAUCUGCUCAAGUACUACCACCUUUUUUGGGGAAUGAGCAAUCAGUUCGAGGAGAUACAAGUUAGGCACACGCCGCGCGGGAAUAAUGAGAGAGCCGACCAGUUAGCAAGGCUAGCAAGUAGUCGCAAGCCGGGACAACUUCGGUCAACAAUACACUUGGAGUUGCCCACCCCAAGCGUUGCACAAGUAUGUAUGCCGGUAGAUGAAGUGCCACAAACAUGGAUGACCGAUAUCUCGAAUUUCAUUAUUAACAGGUCGGAACCGACCGAUCCGAUCGAAGCUAAGAAGAUCCGAACCCAAGCGGCACGCUACUCCAUGGUGGCCGGAGAGUUAUACCGGCGAGGGUUCUCCACACCCUUGUUGAAAUGCAUCGACCAGCAGCAAGCCGACUAUGUCAUACGAGAAAUUCACGAGGGAAUCUGCGGAUCCAACUCAGGUGGAAGAACACUAGCUGCUAAAGUGCUGAGGGCCGGCUAUUAUUGGCCGACCCUGAAAACCGAUUGUGCCGAGUAUGUGAAAAAAUGCAAGCAAUGCCAACAACACGGCAACCUAAUACAUGCCUCGGCCGAGCAGCUUCAUGCGGUCAGUGCCCCUUGGCCGUUUGCUCUAUGGGGUAUCGACAUUCUCAACCCAUUCCCACUCGCCAAAGGCCAAUGCAAAUUCUUGGUAGUAGCUGUGGACUAUUUUACCAAGUGGAUAGAAGUCGAACUGCUUGCAACUAUAACGGCCGCCAAUGUCCAGAAAUUCGUAUGGAAAAAUAUCAUCACCUGGUUCGGCAUCCCAUACGCAAUCAUCUUCGACAAUGGGCUUCAAUUUAUAGAUAAGAAAUUCAACAACUUCCUCAAAAACCUCAGCAUUCGACACCGGUUCACGUUUGUCGAACACCCACAGUCCAAUGGUCAGGCCGAAGCCGCUAACAAGGUUGUCCUAAUCGAGUUGAAGAAACGGCUCGGCACGGCCAAAGGAGCCUGGGCCGAAGAGCUCCCCGAAGUUCUCUGGGCAGACAGAUGCAUGCCCCAAUCAAGCACGAGAGACCCCGUUUCGAUUGGCAUACGCCACAUAUGCUAUGAUACCGGUCGAAGUGGGCGAACCUUCAUUCCGACGGAAGCACUUCCACGAAGAGUUUAA